GGCUCUUCUUCUUCCCUGCGUCGAAGCCUGCUCUGCUACACUCUCUUUCAAUACUUGAAUGGGGAAUGCGGAGCUGCCGGCGGGGGCGGAGUACGCCCGGAGGGUUCCGGUUCCUCCGGCGCGGCCGUUCCUAGACACCUUCAAGGCCAACCUGAAGGAGACGUUCUUCCCGGACGACCCCCUCCGGCAGUUCCGCCACCAGCCGGCGCCGCGGAAGCUCGUCCUGGGCCUCAAAUACUUCUUCCCCAUCCUCGAUUGGGCCCCCACCUACACCUUCUCCUUCUUCAAGUCCGACCUCAUCGCGGGCAUCACCAUUGCCAGCCUCGCCAUCCCCCAGGGCAUCAGCUACGCCAAGCUCGCCAACCUCCCUCCCAUCCUCGGCCUCUAUUCGAGCUUUGUGCCGCCGCUGGUGUACGCGAUGAUGGGGAGCUCACGCGACCUGGCCGUCGGCACGGUGGCCGUCGCGUCGCUCUUGAUCAGCUCCAUGCUGUCCAAGGAGAUCUCCCCUACGCAGCAGCCGUCAUUGUACUUGCACGUCGCCUUCACCGCCACCUUCUUCGCCGGCCUCUUUGAGGCCGCCCUCGGCUUCCUCAGGCUCGGCUUCAUAGUGGACUUCUUGUCCCACGCAACCAUAGUAGGGUUCAUGGCAGGGGCUGCCACCGUAGUCUCUCUUCAGCAGCUGAAGGGGAUGCUCGGUCUCCAGCACUUCACCACUGCUACUGAUCUGAUCUCCGUCAUGAAGUCAGUCUUUUCUCAAGUUCAUCAGUGGAGGUGGGAAACUGCCGUGCUUGGGUGCUGCUUCCUCUUCUUCCUUCUCCUCACCCGUUUCUUUAGUAAAAGGAACCCAAGGUUCUUCUGGGUUUCAGCAGCUGCACCCUUGACUUCCGUGAUUCUUGGAAGCCUUCUCGUCUACCUCACUCAUGCAGAAAACCAUGGAGUUCAAGUGAUUGGGCACCUGAAGAAGGGUCUGAAUCCACUGUCAGCGACGAGCCUGACCUUCGAGCCAUCAUAUCUUAUGGUUGCACUUAAGACUGGUAUUAUCACUGGCAUAAUCGCCCUCGCGGAAGGUAUUGCAGUAGGAAGAAGUUUUGCUAUGUUCAAGAACUACCACAUUGAUGGCAAUAAAGAGAUGAUAGCUUUCGGGACAAUGAACAUUGUGGGAUCACUGACUUCUUGUUACUUAACAACUGGGCCGUUCUCGCGAUCGGCGGUUAACUACAAUGCGGGUUGCAAGACGGCAAUGUCCAAUGUGGUGAUGGCAUUGGCAGUUAUGAUCACUUUGUUGUUCUUAACGCCGCUGUUUUACUACACCCCUUUGGUCGUCCUCUCGGCCAUCAUCAUCUCUGCCAUGCUCGGCCUCAUUGACUACGAGGCAGCAAUGCAUUUGUGGCAUGUCGACAAGGUUGAUUUCUGUGUUUGCUUGGGUGCAUACUUGGGAGUUGUCUUUGGUAGUGUCGAGAUCGGACUAGUUAUCGCGGUGUCGAUCUCUAUACUGAGGGUCUUGCUCUUCAUUGCAAGGCCGAGGACUACUGCACUCGGUCGCAUCCCCAAUUCGAUGGCGUACCGAAGAGUAGAUCAGUAUUCAAUGGCACAAAGUGUUCCCGGAGUUCUCAUCCUACAUAUCGAUGCGCCUGUAUACUUUGCCAAUGCUGGCUACCUGAGAGAAAGGAUAUCAAGGUGGAUUGACGAGGAGACCAAGAGCUCGAAGGGGGAGGAGAUGGAUUUACACUACUUGAUCUUGGACUUGGGUGCUGUUGGUAGCAUUGAUACUAGUGGAAUCAGCAUGAUAGAAGAGGUGAAAAAGAUCAUCGAGAGAAUCGACAUUAAGCUUGUGCUAGCAAACCCAGGGAGUGAGGUAAUGAAGAAGCUAGACUCAUCAAACGUCCUUGAAGCCAUUGGCCAUGAGUGGAUCUUCCUCACUGUGGCGGACGCAGUCGCAGCUUGUAACUUCGCACUGCACAAGUGCAAGCCCAACGAUUCGUCGUGCGAGGAUGCUGUUUAAAGCGAGCAAUCAGAGCUGUAGAUAGAAAGGGUUAAGUUGAGGUCGAUGCAGGGUGAGACAGAGAAUUCUGAUAAGAAUUGUUGCCAACUGCAAGAGGCAGAGCCAUGGCCAUGGAGAGUUUUUUUUUAAAAAGUAGUCCUAGAUAGAGCUAGAGGCAUGGAAUGCUAGAUGUGUUGUAUCGUUUAGGGUUGCAAGUGGAAGGUUAUGAUUAUCGCAAAUUAUUCUUCUGUCCAUGCUUUCAUUCACUACCAGAAUUAGAAGAACAAACCAAGUUCAGAAUUUAAUUCUUCAUCAGGACACCAUGUGUUUACAUUAUGUUUGAGACGUAAUUUAAUAAUAUUAAUUGUUCUUGUC